AUGGACGAGUCAUUCACAGUUCCGGACACCACGAUCAUUUCCUUUCGAACAGUUGAGUUAGAGUCUAAAGGUUUUAUGAGUAUAGUAGACACUGGUUCUGAUAUAGUACAAACGUUUAGUAUGAUUAUUCAUAGUCCAUGUCAACAGCUCGUUCACUUCUUUACUUCUGGAUUUUUUUGGAGUGUUUUGUUUCUGAUAGUAUCGCUCUUUGUGAACGCGUUGUUUCAAGCCCUUACUGAUAUGUAUUAUAUUCGAUGGCUUUCUGGUCAUCCCGAAGUCCCAAAGAAUUACACUUUACUUGAUUUGGGGAAUGACUAUCUUCCAUUUAUCGACAUCCCUUACAUUCCUUCUUAUAUUAUGUUGUUUGUAUUGACAUUUACAUUCCUCAGAUUCUUCUUCACUCCUUAUCGAGUCAUCAUAGUCAAACGAUUUUUCUUGUUGCAAGGUGUUAUCUUUAUGUUGCGAUCACUCAGUAUCUUCUCUACCUAUUUACCUUCCCCUGUGCCUUGUAAGGCAAACAACACUGACUCCUUCUUUACUUAUUCAUUCAAAAUAUUUUUCGGGGAAAGGUCGUGCCACGACCUUAUGUUUUGUCCACACACCGCAGCUCUCUUUUUGUGCGCGAUGUUUUGGUAUCACUACGACGAAAAAGCACCACUGUGGCAUAUCGCAGUCUGCGACGAUAUAUCUCCCGCGGUCAAUCAAAUUGGAUAUCCAUUACGAUUCACUUUAAUCAAAGCAAUCAUAUUAGUCUUUACAACAGCAGCUUCUGUCGUGUUCGUGAUGUGUAGAAGACAUUAUACUAUUGACAUUUACAUCGCAGCUCUGAUCGCGGUGUUACUUUUUAAAUUCUACCACCACUACAUACUGUUUUGUAACACAAGAGACAAUUGGAUAAACGCGUUUGUCAGGUGGUUCGAAGCUGAUGCUCCAGAUAUUCCGUGCCUCGUUGACUUGUCUCACCGACAAUAA